AACUAAGACGGCAGUAUGAGUCGAGAUCUGCAAUAGAUAAACACAGACAUAGAGCAGCCACCGGGAAGAAGAGAGGCUGAUGCUGACAGGGAGUGAGAGGGAGGCAGCCAUUUUGGCAUUUACAAUUGUCACUGCUGUUUUUUAAAUAAUUUUAUUUUCAUUUUUCAUUCAGGGGGGACAUAGCAAGGAUAUAAAAGCAGGUGUUCCCUUUAAGAGGGAAAGGAUCAGGACCAAGGACAGCAUCCUCCAUCUUCAUCCUCCAUCUCCAGCUCCUGUAUAGGUACCACGGUUUGAGAGGAAGUCCGAGUGACCAGGCCAGACUUCAACCUCAGUCCCUCCACCUACAUGGAGCUCAGCUGUUAUGGAUGGGAGAAGCCUAACCCUGUCUGAGAAACCCCUAUGAACAAUAGACACAAUGGACAUCAAAGGCCAGUCCUGGACUGAUGAGGAAUCAGAUGGGGAGAAUGAGUCGGAGCAGUUCCUCUAUGGGAUCCAGGGGAGCUGUGCUGCUGACCUGUACCGACACCCCCAACUGGAUGCAGACAUCGAGGCAGUGAAGGACAUCUAUACCGACAGUGCUGUCUCUGUCAGAGAGUAUGGAACCAUUGAUGAUGUGGACAUUGACCUUCAGAUUAACAUCAGUUUCUUGGAUGAGGAGGUGGCAACAGCCUGGAAGGUCAUCCGAACAGAGCCCAUCAUUCUGAGACUGCGCUUCUCACUCUCGCAGUACCUAGAUGGACCGGAACCGUCAGUGGAGGUGUUCCAGCCCUCCAAUAAAGAGGGCUUCAGCCUGGGCCUGCAGCUCAAGAAGAUCCUGAGUACGUUCACGUCCCAGCAGUGGAAGCACCUCAGUAAUGAGUUCCUGAAGGCCCAGCAGGAGAAGAGACACAGCUGGUUCAAAGCCGGGGGAACCAUUAAGAAGUUCCGCGCAGGACUCAGCAUCUUCUCUCCCAUCCCCAAGUCCCCCAGCUUCCCUCUGAUCCAGGACACGGUUCUGAAGGGGAAGCUGAGUGUUCCAGAGCUGAGGGUGACCCGGCUCAUGAAUCGCUCCAUCUCCUGCACCAUGAAGAACCCCAAGGGGGAGCUGUUCAGCUACCCCCCAAACAGCCAGACUGUGGCUGUCCCGGCGGCCAGGGCCCCAGCGCAGAUUACCACGAGGCAGCUGAUUGAAUUGUUUUUCUCAUCCCAGGCGGGCGGACACUGCAAGAACAUCCCUACCUUGGAGUAUGGCUUCUUAGUACAGAUAAUGAAAUACUCGGAGCAGAGGAUCCCCACUCUCAAUGAGUACUGUGUGGUCUGUGACGAGCAGCACGUCUUUCAGAACGGAUCCAUGUUGAAGCCAGCUGUGUGCACUAGAGAGCUGUGUGUGUUCUCCUUCUACACUCUGGGGGUGAUGUCAGGAGCAGCAGAGGAGGUGGCCACUGGAGCAGAGGUGGUGGAUCUGCUGGUGGCUAUGUGUCGGGCUGCUCUGGAGUCUCCUCGUAAAAGCAUCAUCUUUGAACCCUACCCGUCUGUGGUCGACCCCAACGACCCCAAGACUCUGGCCUUCAACCCAAAGAAGAAGAACUAUGAGAGAUUGCAAAAAGCACUGGACAGUGUCAUGUCCAUCCGCGAGAUGACCCAGGGCUCAUAUCUGGAGAUUAAGAAACAGAUGGACAAACUGGACCCCCUGGCUCACCCUCUACUGCAGUGGAUCAUAUCCAGUAACCGAUCCCAUAUCGUCAAGCUGCCUCUGAGCAGGCAACUGAAGUUCAUGCACACAUCCCACCAGUUCCUUUUACUCAGCAGCCCGCCUGCCAAGGAGGCACGCUUUCGCACGGCCAAGAAGCUCUACGGCAGUACCUUUGCCUUCCAUGGUUCCCAUAUAGAGAACUGGCACUCCGUUCUGAGAAAUGGACUAGUCAAUGCCUCUUAUACCAAACUGCAGCUGCAUGGUGCAGCCUAUGGAAAGGGUAUCUAUCUCAGCCCCAUCUCCAGCAUUUCCUUUGGAUACUCAGGGAUGGGUAAAGGACAGCACCGCAUGCCCACCAAAGAUGAGCUGGUGCAGCGUUACAACCGAAUGAAUACCGUUCCACAGGUGCAGUGUCUGAUGAGCCGUCCUAUUCUGUCAAGGUUUCUCCAGAGCCGGAAUCUCAACUGCAUUGCCCUUUGUGAAGUGAUCACGUCCAAGGACCUGCAGAAGCACGGCAACAUCUGGGUGUGUCCUGUGUCCGACCACGUUUGCACGCGCUUCUUCUUCGUGUACGAGGACGGCCAGGUGGGAGAUGCCAACAUCAACACCCAGGAGCCCAAGGUGCAGAAGGAGAUCAUGCGUGUGAUCGGCACUCAGAUCUACUCCAGCUAAUGGAGGCUCCCCGGGGGCCCUUGGAGGAACAGGUCUGUACUGAAGAUAUGAAUACAGACAGACAUUUGGGAGACACAAACUCAGACCAGAUGAGGGAGGUUGAUGAUCUUUACGCCUCAUAUCUACAGUCUCGUUCCCUUUCCUCACUUUAUAUUCCACUGCUUUCUGUUCUCACUGUGUAGCAGUUCCUCCUUUGUGCUCCAGUGAGCCACACCCGUGGGCUAGAUAGUGCUGGAGAACACAGGGAUGAAUGAAGGAAACCUUAGCUGGACUGGUUUGCCACACACACACACACACACACACCCGCACUCUGAGCUGAAGCGCACGAACACACUCACUUCCCUUUCAGCCCCUGGUAUCUCAUUUCCUCCUGAGCCACUGUCAAGACUCAUCCACUCUCUUUUAUCAGCUGCAAAUGUGAGAAUCCUUUGGACUAUGUAUCUAUAUUCAUCAGUUCUCAUUGUGGAUAUCUAGAAGGAGAACAACGAGUCAUGUUUAGUUUAUUACACCCCCCCUGUGGGUGUUGAAUGGUGGAUCUACAUGCAUGUAGAAGUAUGUUCUUUUAUUGUGUUUGUUGUAGGCAUUAUCUCAGUGAUCCAUUUAUUUCCUAUUCUUUGACUAAUGACGUAAAUUAACGGGCCAAGAUGCAAUUAUCUCCCGGGUCAAAGCAGUGUUGUGGGUCAGUUUGUCUUCAGAUAGCAGAGAGAGAGGGACCUGAAGCCCUCUGGUUGAGUAACAUGAUCAGAUGUUGCACAGGAGAAUCCAUCACGGGCUAAUAUUGUUACCAGUCUGUCAGGAGAGACUAGUCACAGACAGACACAGCAACAGGCUACUCCUUCUGUUGACUAAAGCCUUUUCUUGUCUUCUCCUGACGUUUCAUUUAGGGAAAUUAGACCGGAGAGUCGAAAUGAUGACACAGAGAAUACUGGUGCCCCCUAGACUGCUGAAUCUGAGAGAGCAUGAUGCAAAACCCAUAGCAACACUCUUCUUUGAAAAAUCACACUGACAAGAGGAGCUGUUCUGCCAUGGCCAUAGACUUAUCUUUGUGACUUGAUCCAUAAAGUACAGUCCAUCCCACUCUGAGAGACUAGGGCAGUGACCCCAGGUGAAUCCAUGCCCUACAGCACACUAUCCCUCCCUACUCAGAGAUAUAAUACAUGGAGUUAUUAUAUGUCUAUGGCCCUACCAACAGGACACUGGAUGUUGUUGUGCUUUACUUACAUAUUUACGGUUUACCUUGGGGAACGGCAACCCUGUGUAUAAUUUACCCUGUUUAUCAAUUAGCUGUAUGUAUGUGUGGGUUAUUCGUAAUUUCUGUACAAUCGUACAUUAUACUGGACAUUGCACUUAUUCAACAUUUGCCUAGCCCAGAUAAAAUGUAUGUUCUCUGUCUCUCUCUCUUUCUCUCUCUCUUUCUCUCUCUCUCUCUCUCUCUCUCUCUCUCUCUCUCUCUCUCUCUCUCUCUCUCUCUCUCUCUCUCAGACUGUCUCAAGGCCUACCUGUCUAGUGUGUAGAAAGACAGGGCACCACAGAAAGAUUUAUAUUUGGAGUAAAAGUAAACUAAACUACUAAAUGUCCCAUAUGGUGAAAUGUCUUCACUAGGACAUGCAUACUGAACAUGACUUGGCAAUAGGUGCUGGGGACAAAUGCAGAGCGUGGUUGGUGUUGAACAACAACAACAACAAGAGUGUAUUGUAAAUGUAAAUAUGGACCAGAGAAUGAGAAAUGUACUGUUGGGAGAGAAAUGACUCUUAUCUGCACAAGUCAAGUAUUGUUUGUCGAGAUGAAAAGACUGGGGGAAACACCUUACCCAGCCUUCAGUAUCCAGGGCUCCUUCUGGCUGCGGUAUGUCGGGCCCGUUGACAGCUGAUACCUAUUGUCCUGUCCCCCCAUUAAGAGUGACUGUAUUCAGAUCCCGAUCUGUUCUUGUCCCUCUCUGUCAGUGGUGUGUUCCUGAUGGUGACGACGAUGGAAAGAUAUGAUGAAAGGAAUGAAUAAAGAUUUUGCACAAUUUUAA